UCCCCUUGUUGUAUUUAUUUAUCAUUUGUUGUUUUUGUUUUUAUUUCAAACUGAGAUGUCAACACGUUUAACUUCUGCAACAGUGUUGGGAAGAACUUUAACAACUAAACGGUGGAGCGUUUAUUUUUACACUGUCCUAGAUAUCAACAAGAGACACGGAUAUUUAAAAUUACUCUCCAAAGGAGUCACAUGAUAUUAGAGAAAUAUUGCAGAGGAGUUCAGGUGAUGUAGGAUAAAGAGCUAUUUUCAGAUUUUUAGAAAACACAGGACUUAAUGGUAGAAUUCAAUGUAAUAGUAUAGUAAGUUCUGAUCAACACGCCAAUCCAGAGGGUGGCGGUAAUGUGCUAAAAGCUGUUUACCAACCACCAAUAAAUAAUAAAAGAAGAAGAAACAGGAAGUCAGUGGUUAGCUUGAGGCUAGAUGAGAGUUUAGCCAACAACACAGCUAGUCACUUUACAGGAUUUAAUGAUCCGGUAGAUCACACAUCAUGGCGGAUGAUGGUAGACGAGGGGAAGAAGAGGAUCGCGGCCCCGGAGCGGCUCACCAGGUGUUUGUAGUGAUGGAGUGUCUGCUGGAAAAGUUGAAGGUGUUGAAUUAUGAGGAGGAUGUUUUAGCCAAACACAACAUGAAGAACCUGUCCAGACAUUACUUUGUCUCCAGUCCGUAUCUGGCGUCCAACCCGGGUGAGCAGUUCUACAUGUUCACCAUCAUCGCUGCGUGGCUCAUCAACGCGGCGGGGAGGCCGUUCACCGAGCCGCAGGAGUACGACGAACCCAACGCCACCGUGUCCAACAUCCUGGCUGAGCUCAGAGCUUUCGGUGUUAAGGUGGACUUCCCGCCCUCCAAACUGAAAUCGGGUUCAGGCGAGUUCGUCUGCUUCGUGUUGGACCGACUGGCCGAGGAGGCUCUGAAGAGGAGGGGGUUCUCCUUCAGGAGGCCAACCUACCCAACAGAAACCACAGAAGAAGAGUCUGUGAUAGAGGACGACGCAGAGCUCACACUCAGCAAAGUAGAGGAGGAGAUGAUCGAGGAGCCUGAUGAUGAGGAGGAGAACGUGAUGGACCUGGAAGCCCUGAAGUUACGGACCACUCACACUGAAACAGAACCUUCCUCCAAACCGGACGAGAUUCUGGAGUCGACGGUCGACGCAGCGGAGUGGAACCUGGAGGUGGAGAGAGUCCUGCCGCAGCUCAAAGUCACCAUCAGGACAGACAACAAGGACUGGAGGGUCCACGUGGACCAGAUGCAUCAACACAGAGACGGGAUCAAGUCUUCACUCAAAGAUGCCAAGAGCUACCUGGACAAACUGCAGGAGGACAUCGGAAAGACUCUGGAGAAGGUGAGCAGCAGAGAGAAAUACAUCAACAACCAGCUGGAGCAUCUGAUCCAGGAGUACCGCAGCGCUCAGGCCAAACUCAGCGAGGCUAAGGAGCGCUACCAGCAGGCCAGCGGAGGUGUGACUGAGAGGACCAGAGUCCUGGCAGAGAUCAGUGAGGAGCUGGAGAAGGUGAAGCAGGAGAUGGAGGAGAAAGGCAGCAGCAUGUCUGACGGAGCUCCGGUGGUGAAGAUCAAGCAGAGUUUGACCAAACUGAAGCAGGAGAUCGUUCAGAUGGACGUCAGGAUCGGCGUCGUCGAGCACACGCUGCUGCAGGCCAAGCUCAAGGAGAAGUCCAACAUGACGCGAGACAUGCACGCAACCAACAUCCCCGAGCCCGCCGCCGGGUCCUUCUCUUAGGUUGAGACCACUGAGCCAAAACAACACCAACACGACUGAACUGACAGCUGACGUGUUGAUGACGUUGCAUCCUUCAAAACUCUCCUGGAAUUUAAUUUAAAAACACAAAUCAUCUCCAAGAAAUGCAGCUUUCUUCAGUCUUCAGAAUUUUUGUGCAUAUAAUUCAUAAAACAUAUUAACACUUUCAUUUGGCUCCUUGUCCAGAAUGUAACUUAUUUAUUUUUCGGCUUAUUUUUUAUAUGUAUAU